AUGGAUUCAAAUGGUGGACACUACAGCGGAAUAUCGAGUCGUUCUUCUCGAAAACGAAGAUCGUCUCGUCAAUCGAAUUCUUCUAGUGAUCGACGUGGCUUUCGAGCUGACAGUCGAUCGGAGUUCGACAGUCAAAGACUUGAAGAAAAUUUCAAUCGUAUGCGCGCAGAGUUCCAGGCAAUAAAAGCUGAAAAUCAAGAUCUGAAAUCAAAAGUUCGGAACCUUCAGGAAGAGCAAGGUCGCCUACGCUCACAAAAUCGAGAACUCGAGUCACGUAUCUGUCAAGUUGAACAGCGAUCACCUUCUACAAACUCAGAUGCGUCGCACUCAAUUACAAUUCCAGAUCUUGAUCAACUGGCUAAAGAUUUCGAUGAACGCUGCUAUCUGGUAGAGUCAAACAAUAAGGAAUGCAUCGAACGCAUUGAUAGUUGUCAGCAAAACUUUGCGAAAAUAAGUCACAAAACCGAGACUAUCGAAAGUCAACUUGCCACUAUUCAACAACGUCUAGUCAAUGUCGAAGUGCAAGAUAAGGAGAUGCAAGAAAACGAGACAACCGUCAUUCAACAAUAUGCAGCAAAUGGCGAGUAUGAAGAAUCCAAUGAAGAUGCUAUUCGGAUAGAGAAAGCUCUGUGUACGCCUUGCGAAAAACAGAUUGAAUUGCCAACGGAUGAAAUUCAAUAUGGAGUUUUUGAUGUUUGCGACAAAUAUAAUGUUAUUCUACUAAAAGACGACAAGAAAUUAAGGCUAUUUGAUCAUGAAAAACAAAUCGAUGAACGUCCUUGGGGUGAACCUCAACACAACAAUUUUGCAACUUGUAUUCAUUGGUGUUCAUUUAUGGACUGCUUUCUGGUCCUUUAUCGGUACAGAUUGUAUACCCUAUCGUUAGAAAUCGAUCAGCAAACACCGCAAGUGAAAUUUGGUGAUUUUAUUUAUAUUAAAUCGAUACAUGUUUAUUCUUUGAAAUACGACGUGACACAACGGUGUAGCAAAGCUGCAGAAUUCUUUCGUUUUAUUACAACAUCGCCCGGUUUGCCUGAUUAUUUAUUUCUCAAUCGUGGCUAUCGUCGCAUUGAGUUAAUCAACACUAAUUCAUGGAUGAUGAAAAGAGGAUGGUCGAAAGUAGACUUGGACUAUGAAGAAAACGAUGAAAUCCGAUUAAUAACAUUAAAUCUUGCUGGUACCUAUUUAGCAAUGAAUAUUCGAUGCAAUGAUCGUGUCGAAUUUGUCGAUUUAAGAAAAUAUGACGAUCAACUAACUUUGAUGAAACGAAUUCCAAAAGCAAAUAAUUCAUUCCCAUUGGAUCACAGAAUGCAAAUUCCAUUCGGACGAGAAACAUGGUUAGUUAUCAACGACAAGAAUCAAUGUUACAAAAUAUCGGCUGAUCCAAAUGAUAAAAGUAUGGUACCAAUACGAACAGAUGAAGUUCAAGCAAUUGAGAAUGUUUCUAUUCGAAUGCGAUUUGUCUGCAAUAAUACCUACCUUCUCGUCGGAGCAGUUACGGGUAACAGCAAACAAAAACAAGGUGUCCUGAAAUUUUACAAAAUUCCUGCUUGA